GACAUUAACUUGACAUAUCAGCUGGUUUCGAUGUCUGGAAUUUUAUUUAUGUUUUUAUAAAGACAUUAAAAAUGGCAGAUAUAAAGUCUUUAGAACAUCCUACGUUAAAAGUACCUUACGAAAUUCUAAAUAAGAAGUUUAGAACGGCUCAAAAAGCGAUAGAUCGCGAAGUGUCUCACGUACAACAACAAGCGAAUCUCAUAGAGGAAACUCUAGAAGAAUCCGCGGUUAAAUCCAAAGAUAUUUCUAGUCUUCUCGGUGGUAUGGUGGAAAAACUUCAAGUUUUGAAACGUAAAGCCGAAGAAAGCAUCGCCGAGGAGUUGGUGGCUUCCAGCGUGUGCAAAAGGAGAUUGGAGCAUUUGAAGGAGCAUUGCACCGUCGCCUCAAAUGGAAACGUGUCUCAAGCUGCUCUGAACCAAUGGAGACGUAAACGUCUGGAUAGAAUGGUCGUGGAGUAUUUUUUGAGGAACGGGUAUUACAAUGCCGCCAUAACUCUCGCAGAUAGAUCUGAUAUAAAGGAUUUGACGAACAUCGAUAUUUUUUUGACUUCGAGAGAAGUCGAAAAGUCUCUGGCCAACAAAGAAACGAACAAAUGUUUGGCUUGGUGCCAUGAUAACAAAUCGAAAUUGCGCAAAUUGAAAUCGAAUAUGGAAUUUAAUGUGCGGGUACAGGAAUUCGUCGAAUUGAUACGUUGCGAUAGGAGAAUGGACGCCGUUAAACACGCCAGAAAAUAUUUUCCAGGUUUCGAAGACGAACAUUUGACGACUAUCAAACAAGUUAUGGCUUUACUCGCUUUUCCCGUCAAUACAGAAAUCGAACCUUACAAGGCCCUUUUCGACGAAAAAAGAUGGGAUACGUUGAUCCAACAAUUCCGUCAAGAAAAUUAUCGACUGUUCCAAUUAGCUUCCCAAUCUGUCUUCACCGUGGCCCUACAGGCGGGUCUGUCAGCACUCAAAACCCCUCAGUGUUAUUCGGAAAGUGGGGAGAAUAGGAAUCCCACGUGUCCGGUAUGUCAGCCAUAUUUGAACGAGCUAGCGGAUUGUUUGCCUUUCGCCCAUUGUUCGCAGAGUCGUUUGUAUUGCCAUAUUAGCGGAUUGCCCAUGAACGAAAAUAAUCCGCCCAUGAUGUUACCCAACGGACAUAUAUACGGUGAACAGGCGUUAAUGGAAAUGGCACGUCAGAACAACGGUCAAGUAAUCUGCCCGAAAACGAAAGAAGUUUUCCAAUUUAUGAAAGUCGAAAAAGUGUUUGUAAUGUAAUUGUGAUAAGUUCAUAGCUAAAUAUUGAAAUUUCGCUACGACAUUUUCUCCUUUUUUUUUUUUCAUUGUAACAUGUAAAUACUUAUCUAUUAUUCUCAUAAACGUUUCAAUU